CUUGGCAAUUAAUAGUCUGAUUAAUAGAAAUCGUUUUCGAAUACGGAAAAAUUCUACCUGCGUAUCGAGUUCAUAUACGCUACGAGAGAUCCUUGAAGAUAUAUCUAAAAUUACUGUAAAAAAUGUUGGUUUACCGCGCUGGUUACAUCAGGAGGAGGAGAUGAAAGAACAUGUAAUGUCCGUAAAGUAGCAUGUGUGCGGCACACACCAGAGAACUGGUAUCUAAUCGAAAAGGAAUAGCUUUAUGCGAAUCCAACUUUACGCGGAUUUGUUGACCAAUCGGUGGCUAACGAGCGGCAUAGAUCUCGUUGGACUCGUAUCCUCGAGCAGUGCGGAUGCAAGGAGCGCAUCGGUAUCUUUGUUUUCUGUCGAUCGGAGAUUUGCAAACGCGACGGUAUCUUCGGUACAUGAAAUUAUCCCGAGCGCUUCCGGAUAGGUUGUUAUCUUCGUCGCGGGGCAAGGAAGCCUUCAGUCAUUAAUUGCAUGUUUACAGACUCCGUUGGGUUUCUUUCGUAGAAAUUUGUAAAUUGGCAAUAUUCUGAAGGAGAGAUCUGUGCGGCGGAUCAGCGAGUGAUCGCUAUACGUGAAGUGUCAAUUAUAUCAAUGAAACAUCUAAUUAAUUGUAAAUUCUGUCAGAAAUAUUACAAAUUGUGAAUGCGAAAAGAAAAGAGCAAAAAAGAAAAUAGCACUCUCGUUCGGAGAAUACCGCGAGAGUGAGACUUCGGUUCAGUAUCUUAUCGCGAAGUAUAUACGCGAGUGAAGAUAAAGAUUGCUCUCCUGCGAGAGUAAUUACCACGGGAUCCUGCCUUCGAUAUUUAUCGGUGAAAAAGUCCGGAACGGCGCGGCGAUCAACGUUACGCUCUGUCGUGAAAGACCAAAAUUUUGUAGACUGAUUCUUAGUUUCUUCUUUUUUACGUGUCUCACGUAUUCUGUGUGACAUAAUGGCUAAAACAGAAAAGAUAGAAAACGGUGUUUAUAAACACAGUGGACAUACUAAUGAAGCUUUUCAACUGGACGGUUUCGAUUCUCACGAAAAUAUUCCACCCGAUUACACGAUAGCGACGCAUCAAGAUAAGCAGCAGGAGCCACCUGAAAGUGCAGUGAUCACUAAGGGGUCGCAGUGGGGAGGUAGAUUAGAGUUUCUGAUGGCCUGUAUAGCUACUUCCGUCGGAUUAGGGAACGUAUGGAGAUUUCCGUUCACCGCGUACGAGAACGGUGGUGGCGCCUUUCUGAUACCUUACAUCAUAGUCCUGAUUCUUGUCGGGAAACCGUUUUAUCUUUUGGAAGGACUCUUGGGACAGUUUACCAGCAGAUCCUGCGCAAAAACAUGGUACAUGACGCCAGCCAUGAAGGGAUUGGGAUACUCUCAGGCUUUCGGCGCGUUUUGCGUCGUUUCAUACUACUGCGGCUUGAUGGCAUUGACGUUAUAUUAUUUGGUAUCGAGUUUUCAGUCUGAAUUACCAUGGUCAUUCUGUCGUCCGGAAUGGCGGGACUAUUGCAUCGACGUCUCGACGAAUAAAAGUAUCUUCGAGAAUCGUAACGUCACCGUUCGAAGUUCCGCGGAGCUUUAUUUCAGGAAAAUAGUAUUACAGGAAUACGAGUCCAUUGAGGAUGGUAUCGGCGCGCCGUCCUGGCAAUUGUCGAUAGGUCUAUUUCUUAGUUGGGCUUGUGUCUUUUUGGUGCUUUUUCGCGGCGUGAAAAGCACAGGCAAAGCCGCCUAUUUUCUUGCGAUAUUUCCUUAUAUCGUGAUGAUAGCUCUGCUGAUCAGAGCCGUCACUCUCGAAGGUGCCAUCAACGGCAUCCUCUUCUUCAUAACGCCAAAAUGGGACGCCCUGUGGAAACCCACCGUCUGGUACGCUGCUAUUACACAAUGUUUCUUCUCAUUGUCAGUCUGCUUCGGCCCAAUCAUCAAUUAUUCAUCUUACAAUAAUUUUGAACACAGAGUGGACAGGGAUGUAAUGAUAGUGACUACGUUGGAUACGUUCACCAGCCUGAUGGCCGGUUGCACAAUCUUUGGUAUUCUCGGUAAUCUAGCCCAUGAGAUGAAAACGAAGGAUAUCGCCAAGGUAGUCCGUGGCGGCACCGGUUUGGCCUUCAUCUCCUAUCCGGACGCGCUAUCGCGUUUCACUUUCGUGCCGCAACUAUUCUCCGUUCUGUUCUUCAUCAUGCUAUUCGUUCUUGGUAUUGGAAGUGUCGUCGCGUUGUGCGGCGCAACUAUUAGCAUCUUUCGCGAUCAUCUGCCCAAGAUGAGACAGUGGUUGUUGGUGCUCUGCGUCACCUGCUUUGGUUUCAUUGUUAGCCUCGUCUAUAUCACUCCGAGUGGUCAAUGGUUUAUAACGUUGAUCGAUUAUUACGGCGGUACUUUCGUGGCAAUAAUCGUCGGCGUUUUCGAGGUGAUGACCAUUUUUUGGGUGUACGGUCUUUCAAAUUUUCUCAACGAUAUUGAAUUUAUGUUGGGCAAAAGACUAGGUUUUUAUUGGCGGGCUUGUUGGCUCAUAGUCACACCGUUACUCAUGGUCGUCAUACUAGUUUACACAUGCGCCACUUAUGAAUCACCCACAUACGACGGUGCACGAUUUCCCAAUUAUGCUUAUGGAAUAGGAUGGUUUGUUCUGAUUCUAGGAGUAUUUCCCAUAAUAUGGUGGAUCGGUCAUAAAAUAAUUACAAAUAGAAUGUCAUCUUUUACUGAAUCUGUCAAAGCGGCAUUUCGACCCGCGAGAGGUAAAUGGGGACCUAAGAAUCCAAAGAUACACAGAGAAUGGGAAACAUUUGUGACGGAAAAGAAGUUCGAGGCUCAAGGUGGUCUGAUAAAGGUGUUUUUCAAAUAGAAGCUGAACGUUAUUUAUUGUUCCCUUGUUCAUCUAAGUCAUUUAUGUGCUCUUAUUUAAUCUUUAUUAACUAGAGUGUAAUGUAGUUAAAAAAAAAAAAAUAAUUUUACACAUUAUAUUUUAUAAUGUAUCUUAA